GUUGGGAAGUUAUUGUUUGAGUAUUGAGUGGCGAUGAGCAAAUAAAUGAGUUAGAUAGAUACAUGAUAUUAUUUUUAUCUAUACGCCCCUCAGUCUUCGCAGCUUAAGGAACGUAGGAUUAUUAUAGUACUAUAAUCCGUCAGCCGGUGAAUAAACAACGAUUAUUAUUAUUAUCUGACAAGUGACAAAAUGUCGUCAUCGGUGACCGGCGGGUGUAUGUUGAUUAUUCACUGCCGCCUGAUAAAAAUAUAAUACUUGCAUUCUGUUCAUACGCACGCCAGCGCCGCAGCCCCGUCCCCUCUUCAUCGCUGACGCCGACGUCGCCGCAAACUUUUGCCGUCCGACAGACGACGGUUAAUCAAGAAAGUUUCGAUACCUAGCGACUGCCGACAAUCACCGUGGCAGUGUGACACUAUUGGCCAAGAUCGUAAACUUUCCACGAUAAUAAUCAUAUAAUAUUAUAUUAAAUACAUUUUAUACAUGUGUGAUGCGUGUAUAAAAUUUUUUUUUUAAAAUGCUAUAACGUUCAACAUUAUUACAUACAACUUAAACGUGUUUGUGUAACCUUCAUGUUUAUUGACGAAAGCAUCUGCUUGUUACAAAUCAUGGGCAAUUGGACUAGUUGUUGCUCAUACAGCAGCCCCCUGUCUAGGCGCAAGGAUGCCAACGGAGCUAUUAAUGAAUUCACGCAAGAGGGUGAGGAGAGUGUUGGGAACUUACAACACAUUAGUGAACGCGAACAUGACGACUGGAACACCGACCCAUCUGUUCAUCCAAAAGUUGCAACAAUAUUUUUAGAAAGAUCAAAAGUUGAAAAUGGUUUAACAAGAAAACAAAGUCAGUCUCAGAUUGUAGACUUUAGAUCUCUAAAAAAAAGUAGUUCAUGUUCAACUAUAUAUUUAGAUGAUAGUACAGUAUCUCAACCAAAUCUAAAAAAUACAGUAAAAUGUGUAGCACUUGCAAUCUACUAUCAUAUAAAAAAUAGAACCUCUGAAAGACAAAUUGAAAUUUUUGAUGAAAAAUUACACCCCUUAACUAGAGAUAGAGUACCUGAUAAUUAUGAUGUUCAUAGUCCAGAACAUCGUCAUAUAUAUAAAUUUGUUCGAACAUUAUUUAACGCUGCACAAUUAACUGCUGAAUGUGCUAUUAUAACAUUAGUUUAUUUAGAAAGGUUGUUAACUUAUGCAGAAGUUGAUAUAACGCCUGCCAAUUGGAAGAGAAUUGUUCUUGGGGCAAUUUUGUUGGCUUCAAAAGUAUGGGAUGAUCAAGCUGUAUGGAAUGUAGAUUAUUGUCAAAUUCUAAAAGAUAUAACAGUAGAAGAUAUGAAUGAAUUAGAACGUCAAUUCCUUGAGAUGCUACAAUUUAAUAUUAAUGUCCCAUCCAGUGUAUAUGCCAAAUAUUACUUUGAUCUACGCUCAUUGGCUGAAGACAAUGAAUUGACAUUCCCGGCAGAACCAUUAAGUAAAGAGCGAGCUAAAAAACUAGAAGCAAUGUCUAGAGUAUUUGAAGAUAAGAUAACAGCUGAAUUUUUAAAAAAUGGUAUUAAAAAGUGGUCUAGUCUAGAUAAUGUGAGCAGUAAUACAGUUGCUCGUAAAAGUGUUGCUAUAUUAUCUUAAAAAGAAACUAAAAUGUUUUUGCAUUUAUAAAAGGAAUGUCACGUCACCAAUAUUGUGAUUAUUUUUAGGAUUAAUGUUUUAAGUUACUAUAGUUUAUAAGACUUUUACUUUCUCCAUAUACUUUAAAUCUAGUGUUUUUAUUAACUUCUUCUUGAUCAUAUAGAUAUAUUUUAUUUGUUAGGAUACAACUAUGAAUUAGACCUAUUAUUAGAUUUAUUGUUUAGUAUUUCAUCAAUGCUAAAUUAUUUUAAAUAAUCAAAAUUACCAAACAAUAUUGAAUUUAGUCAAAAAUGUACCAUAUUAGAUUAUAAGUAAUUAAGCAAUAAAAUCUAAUAGCAUUUUAUUGCUUAAUUGCAUGCCAUAACAUAAGUUUAAGUUAAUUUUUUUAAGUGUUCAUUAAACAUUUCAAUCAAGUCUUUUGGAUUGUUUUUCAUUUCAAUUAAUUUCAUUAGCUUUUAAAAUUAUUAAUUAACACUGGAAUAUUCUACAUUGAGAAAAUGCUUUAUUACACAUCAUAUAUUAUGAUAUAUUUAUAUACUGUUUACUUAGUUAAUUUACAUACUUUAACCGUAAUAUACUUCAUUUUUUUUCGAUAUUAUUUAUUUUUAUAUAUUUUUAGAAAUAAGAUUACAAUUUCAGUUUUUUAUAUAAUAAAUGCAUCAGGCAACUGAUGUAUAGUCAAAACAUACAUUUGUUGCGUGUUAACGUAUUUUUCUACUUUUACAUUUUUUCAAUUAAAAUUGGACUUCAGACAGUAUUUGCAUAUUUUGUCAAUAGAUAUUAUUUACCAUGCUCACUUUUAUAUGAUGAUAUUAAUUACAUACUAUAUUUAAAUGUAUUAUUAUUUUCUUUUCAGAGAUAUUUUUUUAAGAAUAUUACUAUAUGUAAAAUAAUUAUAAAUUGAUGACUAUCAACAAAUGACACAAUAUUACAAUAAUUUAAAUUAAUUUUACAUUCCUUUUUAAUAUUUUUAAUUAUUAUUUUUUUAACACUUGAUAUUUUAUUGUUUUGUUUAUUGUUAGUUACAAUACUAUGAAAUAUACCUAUAAUUAUAAUAUUUAUAA